AUGGCCGCCGACAUUGGUCAUAUCUCCCAGUUGCUGAACGCAACACUUGAUCCUUCUCAGCACCGCAAAGCCGAGAAUGCUCUCAAACAAGAGGCAACCAAACCCCAGUAUUCGCUCACUCUCCUGAACAUUGUCAAUUCCGACUCCCUCCCUCCAAAUACCCGACUCGCGGCUUCUUUGGCCUUCAAGAACUUCAUUCGUUCCAACUAUGUGGACGAGGAAGGCAACUACAAAAUCUCGCAAGAUGAGGUGCAAAUAAUAAAAGAGCGCUUGAUUGGGUUGAUGAUUUCCAGCCCGCCAAAUGUCCAGAAGCAGCUUGGGGAAGCAAUCAGCGUCAUCGCCGACUCUGACUUUUGGAGGCGAUGGGAUACGCUUACCCAGGAACUUGUCAGUCGGUUUUCUACCACAGACCCCAAGAUCAACGUCGGUGUUCUCGAGGUCGCCCAUUCUAUUUUUAACCGAUGGCGUCCUCUCAAUCGAUCCAACGAGCUGUAUAUCGAGAUCAACCACGUAAUCACAACAUUUGGCCAACCUUUUGUCCAGUUGCUAGUUACGACCGACAGCAAAAUCGCCCAGAACAGCAACAACAAAGAUGUCCUCAAAGGCUGGUUCGAGACGCUUGAUAUGCAGAUCAAGAUUCUGUACGACAUGUCUUCGCACGACCUUCCUCCGAUCUUCGAAGAGAACCUCGCUAGCAUCUCCGAGCUUUUGCACAAAUACCUUACAUACGACAAUCCCCUGUUGCGGACCGACGACGACGACGAAGUUAGCGUUGCUGAUACUGUCAAGGCUGGAAUUUGCGAGUUGCUAGAGUUGUACACCAUCAAGUACGACGAAGACUUUUCCAAAUACUGCCAACCCUUUAUUACUAGCGCAUGGAACCUGUUGUCCAGCGUUGGCCCCGAGACGAAGUACGACAACCUAGUGAGCAAGAGCUUGCAUUUCUUGACCGCGGUUGCCGGCACUGCUGAGCAUGCCGGAAUUUUCAACGACGAAGGAGUACUGUCGCAGAUCGUCGAAAAGGUCAUCCUGCCGAAUGUUGCUCUGAGAGAAUCAGAUAUUGAGAUGUUCGAGGACGAACCUAUCGAGUUUAUCCGGCGAGAUCUGGAGGGCUCCGACACAGACUCAAGGCGACGGUCUUCCACGGACUUCUUGCGAAAGCUACAAGAAAAAUUCGAAACACCCGUGACCACGGCCGUUUCGAAAUACAUAACCCACUAUCUUGAUCAAGGCAAGACGGAUUGGAAAGCCAAGGACACGGCCGUCUACCUGUUCUUGUCGAUCGCGGCUAAAGGAGCUGUCACCGCCGCACAGGGUGUAAAGACCGUCAACCCGCUUGUUAACGUUGUUGAGUUUUUUGAGCAGCACAUUGCCGCUGAUCUCAUGGCCAGUGAAGGCGUUGAGCCCAUUUCCAAGGUCGAUGCCAUCAAAUAUCUCUACACCUUCCGCAGCCAGUUGUCCAGAGAACAGUGGAAAGUUGCUUUGACGCCACUGAUCCAAAAUCUGAACUCAUCAAACUAUGUUGUCUACACAUAUGCUGCAAUUGCAGUAGAACGUGUGCUGUUCUUGGCUGAUGAUGCGGGCAAUCAAAUGUUCCCAAGGGCCGAUAUUGAGCCCUUUGCAAAGGAUCUGCUGAAUCACCUCUUCAAGUUGAUUGAGCGCGAGACCAAUGCCGCCAAAUUGCAGGAAAACGAGUUUUUGAUGCGCUGUGUUAUGAGAAUUCUCAUUGUCAUCAAGGACGGAGCCGCGCCAAUGCUGGAUAAUGUUCUCACCCACCUUAUUCUUAUUACUAACGUCAUGAAGCACAACCCUAGCAACCCUCGAUUCUAUUACUACCACUUCGAGGCCAUGGGUGCGCUGGUACGAUACUGCUCUGGAACUAACACGGCAAUUUUCAACCAGAAAUUGUGGGAACCAUUUAACCUGAUCCUAACCGAAGACGUAACCGAGUUCAUCCCCUAUAUUUUCCAGAUUCUUGCCCAGUUGCUAGAGUCUAGUCCCGCAGACGCUGUUUCAGAGAACUUCAAGAACUUGCUAGGGCCUCUCCUGGCUGCGCCUCUGUGGGAGACUCGUGGCAACGUUCCUGCUUGCGUUCGUCUUUUGUCCGCAGUCAUCCCCAAGGCAUCGCGAUUGAUUAUUGAGAACAACCAGCUAGAAGCUGUGCUGGGCAUUUUCCAAAAGCUGCUUGCAUUCAAAAAGUCCGAGGUCCAGGCUUUUGACAUUUUGGACGCUAUUGUCAACUCCUUUGAACCCACUGCUCUGGACAAAUACUUUGGCACAAUUCUGCAGCUAUUAUACACAAAGCUGCAAGGCUCACCUGCUGAUUCGUUCAAGAUUCGGUUCGCCCGCUUCUAUCAUUUGGUCAGUGCCAGGCUGGAAGCAGGAUACGGUGCAGACUUCUUCAUCAAGCAGUCAGACCAAUUGGAUGAACGUGCAUUUUCACAAGUCUACCCUCCCUUUGUGCUCGCCGAGACGGAAAAGCUCGCAAAGCCAGUCGACCGGAAAACGGCCGUCGUGUCACUGACCAAGACGCUCUGCGAUUCGCAAGUAUUUGGGCAGAAAUUCAUGAAAGGCUGGGCCAACAGCUGCCGCAUCCUGUUGUCCCUGCUUGCUAACCCACCCGCCGUCAUUGCUGGCAUGGGCGAUGAAAUCAUCGCCGAGCAAUCCGUUGAUGACAUUGGCUUCGGUAUGACAUUUACCGCGCUCAACAUGUGCCGACCCUUGGCGCGGGAUGACUUCCCCGAAGUGCAAAAUGUAACUACAUGGGUGAAGGAGUAUAUGGUUGCAGCUAAUCAGCGACAUGGCGGGGCUAUUGAAGGGUUCAUUACACAAAGACUUCCCCCGGAGCAACAAGAGGCCAUUGCACAAUAUAUCCGCUGA